AUGGAGAGAAUCCCUAAUCCUCUCAUUUCCCAAAAGUCUUCGGAUUCGGGACUCCACGCCUAUCUUCAUCCCCUCGUUCUCCUCAACAUCUCAGACCAUAUCACCCGCCAUGCAGUCAGACAACAGCGCGGUCCAAUUGUGGGAGCUCUUCUCGGUCAACAAAAGGGUCGAUCGAUUAGCUUAGAACAUGUUUUUGAAUGCAACACUGUGAUAGAGCCAAACGGAGAUGUAUUUUUGCAUCAGGCCUGGUUCUCAGAGCGCCUUCAACAAUUUAAGGAUGUUCAUAAGUCUCCUGCAUUGGAUUUAGUUGGAUGGUUUACGAUAACGCUGCCGACGGGUCCAACACCGGCGCAAUUACCACUUCACCAUCAGAUCCUCGAACAAUACAAUGAAGCAGCGAUACUAUUAGCAUUCCAUGCCUCGGAGUUACAAGACACGUCCUCUACCAUAGGAAAACUGCCACUUACAAUAUACGAGUCCGUCUACGAAGAAGAGACCAUGAGCGAUGGCGAUAGGUCGAUGGAAAUUGACGGUCAGGCCCGCCAGCUAGCACUUCGAUUUAGAGAGCUCCCGUAUUCGAUUGAAACCGAAGAAGCUGAAAUGAUCAGCGUUGAUUUUGUUGCCAGCGGUGGCGGUAACGCCGCUGCCAUUGAUUCAGAGGUGCCGAGUGAAACCAAGGCCAAGAUGAAAGAUGAGAGGAAAGAAAGGCAGCCAAAAAAGGAGGCACCGGAAGUAUCCCCGCUCUCACGCGAGGAUGAAGACCUAAUUGCGAACCUCACCGUCCGUUUGGGAGCUGUUAGAACACUCGAAUCCCGUCUCCGUCUGAUCAAAGCAUACCUUCAAUCCGCACAGUCUUCAACUUCUAGCGUGAUCCCUUCCCCUUCCUCUCCUCCACUUUCCAAUUCUAUCCUUCGAAGUAUCUAUUCACUCAUAUCCCACCUGACUCUCCUAAAUCCACAAGAUUCAGACUCUAUCUCUGUUGAGUCCCUCGCCCAGGCCAAUGAUGUCGCACUGGUUGCUUUAUUAUGUUCUAUGGGUGAAAGCAUCCGGGGAUUACGUGAAGUUGGCAAAAAGUUUGCUGUUGCGCGCGCUAUGAAACAUAGUAUGGCUGCACAACAUGGUAUGGAAUCACAGAUGAGAGGUGCUAUGUGGUGAAUUAGGUUAAUUUGUGCUUAUACUUUACCUCCAUAUUGGUUAUUGAUUUGGA